AUUGGAGGAUUCGACGGUUCAUAUUAGGUGAGUGUGAAUUGGUAGCAUCUCUCUCACGUCAAUUUGGUAGCAGCCUUUGGAUGUCAGGUGGCGGCCAUGGCGCUCGUAGAUACGCUGACGCUCUAAGGAGGCAAAACUCCAGUUUUGGGGGCUUACACCAUCGCCGUUCCUCGGGACUCGGAAGGAGGAGCGUCGUCCAUAGACGAAAGAGGAGGUUGAGACAUCUAUGGCGCCUGCUGCAGCGACCACGAGUACCACAUCAAAAAGAAAGACCAAACCAAGCUGCAAUUUCACAUGUAAACUGCUACCCUGCUCGUCUCCCGGCAAGGCACAUCUACCUCUCAUGUGAAGGGUCGCGGCUACCGCAAUAGCGCUGAUGCUGUGCGACAAGGAGGCGCACGAGUUCAUCAACCGUUCCAUCUCGGAUGAUACCACCAGAUUAGUAUAAGCAUGGAUGAAGUGUAAUAUCGUGGACUGAGUUGCUAGAAUUCACAUUGCCAUGGUUACUGGCUGGGCAUACUGUAUGCGCACAAUCAUUUUGACCUAUGCCAAAUGAGUUAAAAAUAAAGAGUUAGCCUGCAGAUGUAAGUUGCUGAAUCUUUUUUGUACACUUCAUGCUCAUAUUUGAUAAUAUUUACCAAGCAAUAAUCAUUUCCUAGAUGUAUUUUC